AUGGAGCGCACGAAAGGAUACCUCGACUUCUCGCCCCCAAACGCUCCGGGUUCAAAGUUCGUCCCUCCGAAGGAUACAUUGAACGUAACCGAUACAAAAGAGCGCCGCGAACACCUGACCUCCUAUUUCGGUUUCAUGCCCCCAGAGGUCCAUUACCUGAUGAAAGAAUAUGGAAAAAGGGCUACCAGAAUGACUUGCCAAGAGCUAUAUGAUCGAGGCAAGCGGGCGAUUCCUGUGAGGUACUUCGAGUACACGGUCGAUCGUGUCAUGUGGAUGUUGUGGUUCCAAUGUUUAGGCUUUGAUGGCCCGAAAUGGCCUUGGGGUCCCAUUUUCCCCAUCGAACUGACUCAAGGGGAGAACGCGAGUAACAUAUUCGCAAAGUUCUGUGAAAAACGAAGCGACACUGAUCUCGAACUGGCCACCCUCAAGGCAAAAGUCGACUCAUAUGGAACGAGUACCGUCGCCCAUCCGAACGCUGAAUACAUUGUACAAUCCAAAGCUACACUCUCCGACAAUUCUCUCAGUGGUCUGCCAUGUCAUGAUUCUGAAUACGAAAAACGAAUGACGUUCUGGGAGGAGAGUUUCGGGAAAGAAUACACGCAGGCAAAUGUUACAGGGCCAUUCGAAAUCGAAUUGCCAUGGUUCGCUCCGGUAGAGACGUGCGUCUUGAAGGACCUGGAGACGAUCAACUACAUCAUACCCUCAGAAGUCAAGAUCCAGAUCAAUACGACAAAUCGAAGGGUGAUUACAACCUUUGGUAGGGUAAUGACAGGCGAAGGUCACGAUAGUCGACAAGAACUUCUGAAAAUAUGGGAGCUUGUCUGUGGGUGGGUUGCUUUGGUUGUUCAGCUCAAGGAUAUCACUCUACUUCAGCAUUUGCUGGCUAUGAACGUUUAG